GCAAGGUGCCGUUCGGAGUGGGGAGGCUCGAUUGCCUGUGUGGCGGCGGCGGCUGUGCUAACGAUGACUGCUUUGUCGGGUCCGGUCCCUCGGCCGCGUGGCGGCGGCUGCUGCUCUGUGCACUGGUUCCGACGGGGGUUGCGGCUUCACGACAACCCUGCAUUGCAGGCGGCUAUCCGAAAGGCGACCUCCGUGCGCUGCAUCUACAUCUUGGACCCCUGGUUCGCUGCGUCCUCCGCGGUGGGCAUCAACCGCUGGCGGUUUCUGCUCCAGUCUCUGGAAGAUUUGGACAACAGUUUAAGAAAACUCAAUUCCCGUUUGUUUGUCGUACGAGGGCAGCCAACUGAUGUUUUUCCAAGACUCUUCAAAGAAUGGGGGGUGACCCAUCUCACUUUUGAAUAUGACUCAGAGCCUUUUGGGAAAGAGAGAGAUGCAGCCAUAGUGAAGUUGGCUAAGGAAGCUGGAGUAGAGGUGACAACAGAGAAUUCACACACCCUUUAUGACCUAGAUAGGAUCAUCAAGCUGAAUGGACACCAGCCACCACUCACUUACAAACGUUUUCAGGCCAUCAUUAGUCGCAUGGACCUGCCAAAAAAGCCGGUCAGCACCAUAACUAGCCAACAAAUGGAGAUGUGCAAGACAGAGAUCCAAGAGAGCCAUGAUGAGACCUAUGGGGUGCCAUCCCUAGAAGAACUAGGCUUCCUCACUGAGGGACUUGCUCCAGCUGUUUGGCAGGGAGGGGAGAUUGAAGCCUUAACUCGUCUGGAUAAGCAUCUGGAAAGAAAGGCAUGGGUUGCAAACUAUGAACGGCCAAGGAUGAAUGCCAAUUCAUUGCUGGCCAGCCCCACAGGGUUGAGUCCCUAUCUUCGGUUUGGCUGCUUGUCCUGUCGCUUAUUCUAUUAUCGGCUUUGGGAACUUUACAAAAAGGUGAAGCGGAACAGCACUCCACCUCUGUCACUCUAUGGCCAAUUACUCUGGAGAGAAUUUUUUUAUACAGCUGCCACAAAUAAUCCUAAAUUUGAUCGUAUGGAAGGAAAUCCUAUCUGCAUUCAGAUCCCAUGGGACAGAAAUCCUGAAGCCUUGGCAAAGUGGGCAGAAGGCAAGACAGGUUUCCCUUGGAUUGAUGCUAUUAUGACCCAACUGAGACAGGAGGGUUGGAUUCAUCACCUGGCCCGGCAUGCUGUAGCCUGCUUUCUAACCAGAGGUGACCUUUGGAUCAGCUGGGAAUCUGGAGUGAGGGUAUUUGAUGAACUGCUUCUGGAUGCAGAUUUCAGUGUGAAUGCAGGUAGCUGGAUGUGGCUUUCCUGCAGCGCUUUCUUCCAGCAAUUUUUCCACUGCUACUGUCCUGUUGGGUUUGGGCGUCGAACAGAUCCCAGCGGUGACUUCAUCAGAGGAUAUCUACCUAGAGUAGGGGCAGGCCCAGCCCCCUCUUCCUGUAUAGACAAGGGCCAUUUUCCCAUUGUGCAUGGACAAGCUGCUUCAAGCCUGAAGGAGGAAUAGGCAUGGGAGCAGUUUCCCUCCAUAUGCAGAGCCCCUCCUCUUUCAGUGCACCUCCUAUCCUUGGGCAGGGGGUUUGGGGAGUUGAGAAUGGGUGGGAUGGGUGGCAAAACAUGGGGAUUACUAUUUUUUAGAAAACAGAUUCUUUUGCUUUAUUCGAAGAAAAGUGCCACCAGUGAAAGCAGUUGCUGCCACCACUGAUCUGGGUGAGCAAGCAAAGGCAAUGGCCCGAGAACAGGCAGGGUUGAAUUUCCCAUGUGUUUGGCAUAGGAGGGGGCUGGUUUGGUGCCUGGGCAAAGAGACUCCUCCACACGUUUGUGGGUUCUGGCUGUGUGCUGGAGACUGCUCUAGUCUGCCAGAUGUUCCACACUUAAUGUUUGCUGUUUAAUUGGACAGAAAUACUGGACUUCCACCAAGAAAGAUUGGAUAGGUGAUACGCUUAGAAAGAUAUGGAAGUGAUGAAUCCAAACCCUGGCUGGGAAUGGGUGUGCAAACUAAGGAAAAGACUUCCUACAAGUCCCAGUAAACAGAUAUCCACUUUGUAUCUGACAUUCUAUGCCUGUAAAAGUAAUCCAGAACUACUGGAGACACUUUGGCAUCUGGACUUUGAAGGAGAGGAGAGUUUGACUGAGAAUUCUGGGGUUAUAGUCCCAGCGUAUUUUGCGAGUGCCAGGUUGUGGGGGGCUCAGGGUGAAAACUAGAACCACUGUCCUCCAAUCUGGUAAUUGAAACUGCUCCUCUGUGGCAACUCUGGUUGUGCUAUCCCCUCUCUUUCAUCUUUAUCUGCAGAUCCCAACUUCGAAGGGAUGGGAGUAAUCUGGAUCCUACAGUGAGCUGAGAGCCAUGUAUCUGAUUCAUCCAUGUUAAGGGGCUGGGAGAUGUUCCAGCCAUUAAGCACAACACUGAAUCAGAAAAAAGUAGUUAGCUCCUGUUGAGAGGCAAAAGUUAGGGGACUAGCAUGAGUGACAAGGAGCCAAGAGCUGUAGAAAGGUGUGCCUUUGCCUUCCUCCCCUGCCUACAAGCCCCACUUUGCCAGGCAGAGGGUUCUGUGCUUCUGCUGGAUCUGCUCUGAUGACAACAAUGAUUAAACAUUGAUGUUUCAAA